UAAGAAGAUCACGUGGACAAUUAAGAAUUUCUCAUCUUUGAAAUCGGAAAAGUUUUACUCUGAUCCAUUCACCGUUGGUGGAUGUAAAUGUCGCUGAUUAUGAGUCAUUGUCACCUGGAUGGAGAAGACACGCUCGAUAUCUCCUAAAUGUAGUAAAUCAAAAUUCGGUAAAGCGUUCCAAACAAAAUGGUGCUUAUUUCUUCCCACUGCUCUUUUCUCCAAAAAUCAUUUUAAUGGCAAACACAUUGUAGUUACGAAUCUUUAAGUCGUGAAUCUUAUUUUGUUUUGCUACAUUUUAUAUCUGAUGUUUUAUGAGGCUCGUUUUGGGGACUGGAGUUGAAUGUUACUCAUGGGUUGUGUUAUAGUAUUAGUUUUCACGUUUUUUCCAAAGUUGUGAGCAUUGUUGUUCAGUCCAAAGAAACAUAGUUCAUUUAAUGCUUUGUUUGCAUGUAAAUGAACUGAUUAUAUAAAUUCUAUUUGUGAUUUUACAGAAGAACAAAAGUGGUUUGAUGCCCGUUCUCCUCGCUGGGGUCGUCUAUCCAUGUUUCCCCUAAAUGAAAUCUGUGCUAAAGAUAGCGGAUUUCUGGUAAAUGGAGAACUCAAAAUUGUUGCCGAGAUAGAGGUUCUUGAAGUUAUUGGGAAACUUGAUGAAUCGGAGGAAACUUCUACAAUAAUGGAAACCAUAGAUUUUAAUGGCUUUGAACUUCUUCCCUCACAGGUGGAAUUUGUGAGGAAUAUGUUUGAAAAACACCCUGAGAUUGCAUCUGAAUUCCGUUUAAAGAAUCCAAAUCUUAAGUCAGGAUACAUGAGCUUGCUACUCAGUCUCAUUGAGACUCUGCGCCAGUCGCCUCAGGAGCUCAACAAGGUUGAUCUAGCUGAGGCAUAUGUUGCACUCAGAUCCAUGACUGAUGCUGGAUUUAAGGUUGAUUGGUUGGAGAAGAAACUUUUUGAGAUGUCAGAAAAGAAGAAGAAAGAGGAGGCUGGUGAAACUCGGAUGCAGGAAAUUAAUGAAGAGCUGAAAAGUUUGAAUCAGAAAUGCUUAGACCUUGAAGCUCAGCUGGAGAAGGAGAAAGCAGAGGUUUUCGCUGCAAAAGCUCCUCUAUCAUUCAAUGAUGUUUUUUAAUAUUUUUGAGUUCAUAGGCAUUUAGAGUUUUUCUUCUCCUUGGUCUGUUCGUUUUGUGAUAUUGUUUAGAUAACUUAACAACUGCUACGUUAUUUCACCUUUCAUUGGUGAUUAACAGUUUCUAUUCUGCUAGUAUUGUUUCAUCAAAUUUCAUU